AUCUGCCUUGUUGAUCUUGACUUCUAUCCCUCGAAUCCAGCCCCAUCCAUCUGGCCACCUCACAAAUGUCCACUUUUGGAGCAAGUCUGCUCUACUUUCAACCGUUUUUACCAUGUUUCUGUCCGCAGUACUUCAAUCUGUUGCUGCUGCAUCCUGUUUCUGCACGUCCGUUUAGUCAUCCACUUAUUGGAGAGUGUGUACGUCUGUCCGUCCGUCAAUCCACCUCUUCUGUCGGCCGUCCAUGCUUGCAUCCACAUCAUCCACAGCACAAGAGGAGGCCUGCAAAAUGGCCACUUUACGUUUAUGCCAUCCCAACGCCGUGGCGUCGAGUGUGCAGCGGAGAGGACGCCAGGUCGAGGGUGUGAAUCGCGGCUCUGCCGGUGUUCCGCCACGAGUUCGCCUUCUACUGUCCGUCUUGGCGGAGAGCGCAAGUCCCGCCGGACAGAAGCUGAUCUCGGCUGUGCUGCUUUGCACGGAUCAGGCGUCGGAGACGAGAAUGCCAAAUCGGAUCACAGACCAUUGAGGAGCAAUAAGAAGCAAACCGGUUAUCUGACCUUAUUUGGAGCCAUUUUAACGCUGAAUUUCGCAUUGAAAUUGAUUCUGUUCCGAAGCGAUUGCGCUUCUGCUGCUGUCCAGUCGUCUUGUAUGCACAAAGGGUUGAAAUCACACUUACUUUUAAGUAGGCACACAUUUUGCUUACUUCGGCCCCGUCAACUGCGGCUGGCCUCGGCUGAAGUUGGUGCAUGGUACUCUUCGCGUGGCUUGGCUCUGCGCGAGAAAUUGACAAAAUUUGGUACAAAUGCAAAGCGUCAACAUAUUUCUACCUUCAACGGACAGCAGCAGGCCGAUGGAAUUUACGAUACUGCUGCUGCCGGAAUUGAAUAA